UGAAGCCGUCUGCUGCUUUAGGGAUCGAGAUCCAGGAUAUAACCAAGGUGAUGGAGGCAAUUGAAGCCGACCUUGUUCCUGGCUCGGAUGUCCCUAUUGUGGCCGAGCAGAAGGAAGAAUCUGCUGACGUUUCUCUCGAAAGGGAGAAAAGUCCAGAUAAGGAGAUGGUGGAUCUCACCGAAGCUCACAUAGAGGUUCCCGAAGCUGAGAAGGAGGUCCCUUCUGCUGAGGAGGAGCAACCCGAGCAGGGUCUGACGAGGAAGAGGCGCCACUCGACCUUGGGCUCUACUUCGACCUCGGCCCUGGAUAGACUGAUCCACGCUGACCCUUGCUCGGAUGUUCCGCUGAAACGGAUCCCCGAUGAGGUAAGGGAGGCGAUGGCUCGCUAUGCUAGAGCUCCGGUUUUGGGGGAGAACCCCAUGGCUCACGUGGGAUCUUUGGUGGGUCCCGAAGCUGCACGGGAGAAUCUUCUUCGGGCCAACCCGCAGUGGAGGGUUCCUGGAGCUGAGGAGAGGAACCCAGCUAUGAUGGCCCAAUAUUAUCUGAAUGAGGCUGUUUUCUGGUCCUCGUUCGCUUCCGAGUGUAGCUCGGUUGAGGAGAGGCAACUGAGGAGGUAUCAGGAGGCUUAUGCUCGUGAUAUCCCUGUCUUGGACCAGAAGGCUGGGCAGCUCAUGGCCGAGAUGGUGGAGAUCAAGCAACUGUACCUUCAGUACAGUCGUGAGGCUAGGGAAGCGGCGGAACAGAUCGGGGCCGAAGUUGGGAAGCUCACUUUCCAGGUUGAAGAGGAUGCUGAAAAGAUAGCUUCCUUCGACAGGGAGAGGAGAGAAAUGGCUGCCAAGUUUGCGAGCGAACUUGAAGAAAAAGACAGUCUUCUCAAGGAGAUGACGUCUAAAUUUGAGGCGGCCAUUAAGCAGAGCCAGGAAGCGGAGGCGAGGCUUCAGCAGUUUUUCAAGCACCGGGAGAUUGUUCAGAAUCAAGCUGACAAGGUGCCCGUUCUCCAGCUGAAGAUCCGAGAGAAGGAUGCUGCCAUUCGGAAGUUGGAGCAAGAGAGAGUUGACCUCUACACUGCUGAUCAGUGUAGGGAGCAAUACUGGAAUGGCAUCCUGGGUGCUCGGCGGAUGUUCGCGAAGCAUAUGCCUCAUUUCCCUUGGAAUGAGAAGGUUCCGCUCUGGAUGAGGGCCCAGGAUCACUUGGUGGAGUGCCAGGCCGAUCGAGACGAAGCUGAAGCUGAACGCCAAGCUGCUCUUGCAGAGGCUCGGGCCCAGAAGGCGGCUUCCGAAGGUGAUACUACUGCUGGGGGUUCUUCGAAGGAUGCUCCUCUGGGGGAUGCUCCUGAGACUCCCAAGAGUUAGGGAUUCGGGCAGUCGUCUUCUUCAGAGUCGGUCGGUUCCAGUUGAGGACUUCCGAACAUGUGCUUGCCUUUCCCCCUUUUGCCUCGG